GAGGCCACUCCCAAAGGGUGGCCUCCCCUUGAGGUUAAAAGCAGAAGGAAUGACAAAGGUGUGACUGUGCCGAGAAGAGUGAUAGACAGGCGUUCAGACCUGAGCUAUAGUGAGGAUUUUACCUGUAAAACCCCAGGAACAGAGCCGUCUCCAGAGGUGAGAGUCCAAAAUGAGCUCCUACUCAACUUCCAAAACCAAGGCGCUCGAGGACAGCAAGAAGAAAACCUCUCUGCUGAAGGACAACAGCUGGAUCCGAAGAAAUGAUGACGAAGACGAGCCCGUCGACCAAGACCCAAACUUCGGUAAAAGUGUCUUGAGUCGAGUGAAUAACACUGAUACCACUGACAGUACCCCAGAACCCAAGUCAACAAGAACAACUAAAACAAACUCAUCCUCAUCUGUCCAAUCUCUCACCAAGAGGUUCAGUGGAAGCAAAGAUGACCUGAAAACCAUGACACCGUCUUACUACUCAAAAAGAACUUCCGGUGCAAAGACAGAAACGUCCAGCACCACUAAAACCACAACGGUGACUAAGGAUGGGACAACUGAGACCACCGUCACCACCACCCAAAGUGUCAAGUCUCCUGUGACCAAAACACCCACUAAAACUGAGACGUUCAUGGAGCGCGUCAAAUCCUCAAGCAAAGAUUCACAGUUCUCAAGCUACUCGCCUACCAAGACAACAAAACCGACUAUUACCACCACUAAAGAGGCGGAAGACCAACUUGACAACUCACUGACCCAAUCACCUUUGAAGGAUGACUUCCCAACUAUAGACAGCAAAACACCUGUGACCACAACUAAGACUGUGACGGUGAAAAGCAGCAGCGAUCUAAUGGCUGAAGACAAGUUGUACGAUUCCCUCCUGCCUGANCCGAUCAAAUCUCCUGACAGCAGCACAGCCAGCACAAAGACAAAGACCGUGGACAGCAGCAGUAAGACUGUGACGGUGAAAAGCAGCAGYGAUCUGAUCAAAACACCUGUGACCACAACUAAGACUGUGACGGUGAAAAGUAGCAGUGAUGCAAUGGCUGAAGACAAGUUGUACGAYUCCCUCCUGCCUGAUCCGAUCAAAUCUCCUGACAGCAGCACAGCCAGCACAAAGACAAAGACCGUGGACAGCAGCAGUAAGACUGUGACGGUGAAAAGCAGCAGCGAUCCGAUUGCUGAGGACAAACUCUAUGACACUCUGAUUCCGAGUGCUAUCAAGGAUGGAGACAGCAAAAAAACAACUGUGUCCAGCAGUGAGACUGUGACGGUGAAGAGCUCCAACACUGUAGAUGACACCAAACCAGCAACAACAACAACAACAACAACAACAACAGUCACUGUAAAGUCCUCUUCAAUGCCCACCGAUGACCUCUAUGACACCCUCCUGCCGAAAGCCAUCACAUCUCCUGUCAGUUCAAGCAAAACGGUGAAGGACAUUGUCACAGUCAACUCCAAAAAAGAAGACGAAACCCCAUCAACACUGUCAUCCACACGCAGCAUCAGCUACAGCUCAAACAUUGACGAUACUCCCUACACUCCCACCAGCUCAUACAGCAGCGACUAUAAAACCUACUCCUACUCCAGACCAGACUCCAGCUAUGAGUACAGCAGCCUCAACAGCCCCUCGCUCUACAGCUCCACAUCAUACAAGAGCAGCAGCUCUCGCAGCUUGUCAGAUGACAUCCUGUCAGAUCCAAUCUACUCCAAGUCUUCCACAAAGAGUGUUUAUCAGACCCCUGACAGGCCUGUGCUGGAGAAGGACCUGUGCACCACCUGCCGAAAGCCCUUCACUGGAGACGCCAAGAUGGUCCUGGACGACAUGAAGAUAAACUGCCACGCCACCUGCUUCAAAUGUGAUGUCUGCAACGGCUCUCUGGGCUACAUGAAAGCCGGGGACAGCAUGUGGAUCUACAAGCGCAAGGUGCACUGCGAAAACUGCUUCGAGACCACCAGAGAAAAAUGGCGCCGCUGAACCUCCUCAGAGAUUGUUGCAUUCUGAUGGUGUGGGUGAUGAGGGUCGUACUAAGACGUUUUAAGUGGGUGCUUUAAAAUUAAAAAAAAAAAAUCACAGUUACAUAAUGUAAAUUCCAUUUUCAUGUGACUAUACAGGCCACACAAGGCAUGAAAUCUACUAAUAUAUCUGUCUCUACCUCUACACUGUAUAUCUCUUUCUAUACUCUCUUUAAUGUGUCACUUCUUGGGGGACUCUUGUGAGUAAUAUGACAGGAUAUUCUACGAUAUUGAGGGCCGGGGGCUUUUUCUUUGUGCAAUAAGGGCAAAUAAAAAAGACUUCUUUAUUAAAAUUUUUCUUGAAAGUCCCUGUUCUUUGGGUUUAUGUUUACUCCUAAAUUAUUACGUGAUAAUACAGAACAACAACAAAAAAGAUGAUAAAGAAAGGCUUGUACUUAAAUAAAAUUUUAAAUUACUGAAGACUGUGUUUUGUUUUGUUUUAAACCGGAUGCUAAAAUCUCAAGUAAAAGGUCAGGCUGUCUAUUGUUAGAGGGGAAUUGAAGAAUAUCUGUUUGCAAUUCUCUAUUCAAGUGUGUCCUUGCCUUUGUGAAACCUGCAACUGAACAAAUAACGUUAAUGCAACAAUGUAUGUUAAAUGUAUUUUUCAAAUUAUUAAAGCACUCUGCAAUGUUGUUUUCGUAUUUUUUAAUUGCAAUUGAAUAUAUUACGUAGUGGAACAGCAAGCAGCUUUUGAUCAGCACUGUGUGUACUGCUAAUUGAAAGACAGCCCUAAAGAGCAAUAAAGUCACAAUACUUGGCAUGUCUGUAAAAUACCUGGAGUGCAUUGUUUUUCAAUAACUUUGUCAAUAAACAGAAUUCAAAAUGAA